AUGCCUUUCGGCUUGAAAAACGCAGGAGCAACUUAUCAAAGGUUGAUGAACAAAAUUUUUCGACACCAACUUGGCAAGAAUAUCGAGGUGUACGUCGAUGAUAUGGUAGUUAAAUCGGCAGACGUCGCCCAACACAUAGCUGACCUUUCUGAAAUAUUCCACCAACUCCGCAAAUAUGACAUGCGGCUCAAUCCAGAAAAAUGUGUGUUUGGCGUAUCGGGGGGCAAAUUUCUCGGCUUCAUGCUGUCGGCAAGGGGCAUCGAAGCCAACCCCGAUAAAUGUCGGGCAGUCAUUGAUAUGAGAAGUCCCCAAAACUUCAAAGAAGUUCAGAAGUUGGCCGGGCGGCUCACAUCCCUAUCAAUAUUUUUACCAUGUCUCGCCGAGCUAGCAAAGCCUAUUGUAGGUUUGUUAAGGAAAGUCAAGAAAUUUGAAUGGUCUGUCGGUUGUGAAGAGGCUUUCCAAGAUUUGAAGCAACGUCUCGGCUGCCCCCCCAUUCUCUCUAAGCCUGACCCACGGGCAGACAUGGUGGUGUACUUGUGCAUGUCGAAUGAAGCCAUAAGUGUCGUCUUAGUGCAAGAAAAGGACGUGCAACGGCCGGUGUAUUUCAUUAGUCGAAUGCUACAAGAAGCAGAAACAAGAUAUCAACUCCUGGAGAAAGUGGCGCUCGGACUAGUUCACACGGCUCGUCGUCUCCGGCAAUACUUUCAAAGUCAUCAUGUGGUCGUCCGAACUGACUGCCCAAUUUCCAAGGUUUUGCGCAAACCAGAGUUGGCUGGGCGAAUGAUGGCCUGGUCAAUUGAGCUUUUGGAGUUUGAUAUAACUUUUGAGGCGCGAGGCCCGAUUAAAUCCCAGUGCUUGGCCGAUUUUGUAAACGAAUUACAGCCGAAAGGCCAUUUUGAGAGUGACUUGUGGACAAUGCAUGUGGACGGGUCUUCAAAUAGCCAAGGUAGCGGAGCAGGAAUAAUCCUUGAAGGACCAACCGGGUUGGUUCUCGAACAGUCCCUACGAUUUGCGUUCAAGGCCUCAAAUAAUCAAGCCGAGUACGAGGCAUUACUGGCAGGACUACGGCUCGCCCAAGAGGUUGGGGCUCGGCGAAACACACGCAACACUUUCGAUGAAGUCCAGGUCAAACAUACCCCCCGAGAACACAAUGAGCGUGUCGAUCAGCUAGCUCGGUUGGCUAGCAGUAGUCAAAAACUUGGGCAGCUUCGAACUACUCUUCAUCUCGACCUUGCAACUCCUAGUGUCAACUCGGUUGAAUGUAUGUCGGUUGAUGAACCCCAACAAACUUGGAUAAUCGAGAUAAUGGAUUAUAUUGAAAAGGGAAAGCAACCAACUGAUCCGUCAGCCGCCAAAAAGCUCCGAACGCAGGCAGCCAGAUACUCGGUUGUUAGCGGAGAAUUCUACCGAAGGGGCUUCUCCACUCCACUACUGAAAUGCCUUGAUUCAACACAAGCAGACUAUGUCCUGAGAGAAGUCCAUGAAGGGAUAUGUGGGUCUCAUUCGGGUGGAAGAACUUUGGCAGCCAAGGUAUUGAGAGCGGGGUACUACUGGCCAACUCUUAAAACUGAUUGCGCCGAAUUUGUAAAGCGAUGUGUGCAAUGUCAGCGCCAUGGAAACAUAAUUCACGCCUCGGCUGAAGAGCUACAUAGUAUUAGUGCUCCUUUGCCGUUCGCCCUGUGGGGGCUGGACAUCCUCGGUCCAUUCCCCCUCGCCAAAGGACAAUGUAAAUUUCUGUUGGUCACUAUCGACUACUUCACAAAGUGGAUAGAAGCCGAACCGCUAGCCACGAUCACGGCCAGCAUGGUUCAGAAGUUCCUGUGGAAGAACAUCGUCACACGAUUCGGCAUACCAUAUGCCAUUAUAAUGGACAACGGUCUUCAGUUCACAGAUCAGAAGUUAAACAAAUUUAUCACCGACUUGGGUAUACGACACCGAUUCACAUCGGUUGAACAUCCUCAGUCAAACGGACAUGCCGAGGCUGCAAACAAGGUCAUUCUAACAGAACUGAAAAAGCGCUUAGGAGAUUCUAAAGGCGCCUGGGCCGAAGAACUGAUAGAAGUCUUGUGGGCUUAUAGAUGCACACCUUAG